AUGUUCCAAUCCUUCACGGGCAACUCUCGCCGCCCGCGGCAGGUCAACCUCAGUGGCCGGGCUACUAAUCCAUUUGCUGCAUUCCCUGGAAACUCGCCUACUCGACAAACUCCUCAUGCUGCAAAUCCUGAGAGCGCAGUCGCCAUUGCUCAGCGGGAGCGGGCUCUUCGACAACGCGAAAGAGAUCGACAGACCGCAUGCCGCACCGUUCAGCGGGUUUGGCGGGGUCAUCAUAGCAGGAAUGCAACAUAUAAGAGUUGGAAGUCUGAGUGGGAUAAUAUUGAGUGGGAAAGGGUACAUCAUUCCUUGAGGCUUGAUGAUAAUGGAGAACCUAGGACAGAUGUUGGGCGUCUGGAGUGUCUAGCACGCCUUUCUGCGCCUCCAUAUCCUACAGCAGAGCAAUGUCUAGGCCAACUCAGACUUCUCGUGCAAUUUGUAGGAUCCGCAAGGAGGCAGGAAGAUGUCCUACGCCUGGUAUACUUCUGCAAUGUGUUUGAGCAGACUUUCCAUGCUCUUCCCACAAUCGCCACUGAAGGUGAAUGGACUGAGCUCUUGAAACGGCUUGCAAUUGCUAUUCUUCAUGCUCUCAGCUCGGCAACCAACACCCCGACUCACGGAGCAGCGGUCCUGCCUCUCCUUCGCACAAUAACUUUCCUCGUUGACUUGAUACCAAAGAGGAUGGCAGCAAUUGCGAAACUCUAUUAUCAGACGAUGGCUUACUUGACAAAGAACAUCAUGCUCUUGGGUGAAAAUCUGUCAUCAGAACAUGUCACAAAUGCUGUUCUGGCCCUUCUCCGGCCAAUCACAUCCGAAACCAUGACAGCCUACGAAGCGCUUGCUAUGUCAUAUCUCACUGUUCCCGAUUUGCUUGCUUAUCUUGGGGGGCUUGAUCAAUUGGCACAUCAAAUCAACUACAAACUACUGGCACCGGCGAUUGAAUCAUGCAUUGCUUCGGUCACACAACGCUCCUCCACUGAGGAUGUCGAGGCUCGACAAUGGUUGCUUGCAUACAUGAUCUUCUUUCACCGAUAUGCUCUUCCAGGUCAGGCCAACCAGCAAGCACCUGACCUCGGAUUUUUGCAUGUGGUCUCUGAGUUGCUAAAUUCAACAUCCAGCCAUCUCACAAGGUGUUUGGAGGCAGAAGAAUCUAAUGAGCCCGAUACAAUCGGUGGUUCUUCUUUGCAUCCGUUCGUCAAAGACCAAGUUAGUAGCCUGGUCAACCAAAGCAGCAUCACAGGGCUGCUUUCCCGCAUCAAAGCAUCCCACUUUGGCCAGACAGAGACAUCCAACAACGAAGCAGAAGCCUCGAGAGAAGCCAAAAUUCUUGCCACAUAUGCUCUAAACUUGUUGAGGGUGUUUCCUCGGCGCGGUGAUGACAUCCGUAUGUGGCUAUACCUUGGCUCGGCUCCUGCAGCAGUCUCUGGUCAGCCAGGUGCGAAGAUACCCGCAAUCAAAUAUUUCUGGCAGGCAUCCAAAUCCAGUCGGAUCUUCAAAACCAUAAGCAAAGACUCGACCGAGGUUCUUCAAUUGCUGCAGCUACCGGAGCAUGGGAACCGAGGGGAUCAAGAUCAGGAAUGGACUAUUAUUCUCCUCUUUUUCGAGCUCUAUACAUUCCUUUUGAAAGUCAUGGACGAUGAAGAGUUCUUCUCAAGCGCGUCACCAUUUACGGCCUCAGCAAAUGUUCAGUCUUCGUGGACGAAAGAGAGUGCUCUGCCCCUCGAGGACAUCAAGGACAUGACCAUUUUCCUCAAGAACCUCGCCUUCACACUCUACUGGAAUGUUGCCGACUUGACUAAGAAAGGACCAGUCCCAUCAUCCACUGUGGAUCUCCGAAGUUACUUUACCAACACGGCUCAAUCCCCUGGGCCGAUGGAGCGUUCGGAAAUGGAAGCUAAGGAUGAGUCUAACGAUCUUCCCGGUGUGACAGGUAUUCCACUUGACUACUUCAAAGGUUUAGUUACGGGUUUGUUGAGAAUGCUGCAUGAGCGAGAUUCUCGACGAAAGUUCUUGCCCCAAAAUCAUUGGCUAAUGACAGAUCGAUUCGAUAUGGAAGGCUUUAUCCCAGCCGUCGUGGCAGAAGAGGAGAAGCGCCAUGAAUUCCAGGACGAUGAUGAAGAUGCUGAACCCGAUCUUCUCGACGAUGAAACUCCGGAACCCUCCCACCUUGUCGGCAAUAGCCAUGCGCGACGACUGAUCCACAUCCAGGCCAUGCGAAAUAGUCAACGAAGACAAGCCCACAAGAAUGCUCUAGCCGCAAUUGCGCCCAGGCUGGAGAUCCUUCGGAACAUGCCUUUUUUCAUUCCAUUCGCUACACGCGUGCAGAUUUUCCGUCAAUUUAUCUUUAGAGAUCAACAACGUCGCCGCAAAGGCUUUGUUGAUCCCGAGUCCUGGCGCUUGUCUGUGGCCCAACAUGCCAUGAUAAGUGGACCUCCCGAGGGCGCAGCAGAUAUCUUGGCCCGACAUCACGCCGAUAUCCGGCGAGAGAGUGUAUUUGAAGAUGCAUUCUCUCAAUUUUACGGCCUGGGUGAUGGUCUCAAGGAGCCGAUUCAGAUCAGUUUCAUCGACCAGUUUGGGGCAAUGGAAGCUGGUAUUGAUGGCGGCGGCGUAACUAAGGAAUUCUUGACCAGUAUCACUACGCAGGCUUUCAAGACCGAUGACUAUGAGAGCAUGUUUGCAGAAAACGAUCACCAUCUGCUAUAUCCCAGCCCGACGGCGGUCGACCAACUCAAAACAGUCCUCGGCGAGGCUGGACUCACGAGUUCAAGUUCCGAGUGGCAGGAUGAUGUGCGUGGUCUUCUUCGACGCUAUGAAUUCCUCGGUCGGGUUAUUGGCAAGUGUCUUUAUGAGGGUAUCCUGGUGGAUGUCAACUUUGCACCAUUUUUCCUGUUGAAAUGGGCCUUGACAGGUGGCUCCAGAUCUGCAGUAAAGGAAUCAUCCUAUCGUGCGAACUUGAAUGACCUCAAGGACCUUGAUGAGGGAUUGUACCAGGGUUUGUUGCAACUGAAGAAUUACCCCGGCAAUGUAGAAGAUUUCUCUCUUGACUUCACGAUUAACAAUGUCAUCCGGAUGCCUAGUGGGAAAAAUCGCACUGUCACGGCGGAGUUGAAGCCAAACGGGUCACAGACUGCUGUGACCAACAAGAACCGAUUGGUCUAUAUUUCCUACAUGGCUCGUUAUCGUCUACAAUUGCAACCUGCCCUCCAGACAAAUGCCUUUUUGCAAGGUCUUGGUCAGAUCAUCCAACCCGCCUGGCUAUCCAUGUUCAACCAAUCCGAAUUGCAAACAUUGGUCAGCGGAGACAAGGCCGAUAUUGACGUGGAAGAUCUCCGACGGAACACUCUUUACGGAGGCGUGUAUGUGAUCGGUGAUGAUAAUCUGGAACAUCCGACCAUCGCGCUGUUCUGGCAGGUCAUGCACGAGAUGAACAAUGAAGAGCGGCAAAAGGUCAUCCGAUUUGUGACGUCCACCCCGCGAGCCCCAUUAUUGGGAUUUAGUCAUCUUCGCCCCAAUUUCAGCAUCCGAGACUCUAGUGAGGACCAAGAACGGUUGCCAAGUACCAGUACUUGCGUGAACCUUCUCAAGCUACCACGGUACUCCGACGCAGCCACAUUGAGGAGCAAACUCUUGUACGCAGUGAGCUCGGGGGCUGGGUUUGAUUUGAGUUGA